AUCGCCGCCAACCUCCUCCUCCAGUGCACGCUAUCCUUCCUAUCCCCUGUUCACCUCAAUGGUCCUGCGCGCCAUGACCCGCACCAUGGCAUAUCUGGGUCCCGCGGGCACCUAUGGCGAGCAGGCCGCCAACCACUUUGUCCGACGUCUGGGCGGGGAGAUCCACCUGCGACCGUGCGAGACGAUCGGAGCUGUCUACGAGGCCUCCAAGACGACAGACUACGCCGUCAUCCCGCUCGAGAACACGUUGCAAGGCGCCGUCCUCGAGUCAGUCGAUGCCCUCCUCUCUCCGCUCGCCGACGAUACCUUUCCAUCCAUCGAGUACCUCUACCCGCCAGGCCCUGAUGCCCUCCCAACUCCGACCUCUUUGGGGUGCCUCGGCUCACCACCCCCUCCCAUCCCAUCACAGCCCCACGUCGUGGCAGACACGACGCUUCCGAUCAGCCACCAGCUCGUUGGGCUGCGCGGAGCGCGUCUCGAGGAUAUCCAGUAUAUCCGAUCUCAUGAACAGGCCCUGGGGCAGUGUAGUGCAUGGAUUGACGAGCACCUCCCCCAUGUCGAGCGUGUGCGCUGGCCCUCGACCGCGGGCGCGUUGGCUAGCGUUCUUGCACAGGGAGAUAAGCGCGGAGCAGCAAUCUGUUCGCGAGCGGCUGUCGAGCGCGAGGGCAGCCGAGUCAAUGUACUGGCAAGCGGCGUACAAGGCGUUAAGAACAACUUUACUCGUUUUGUCCUCCUCUCGCGCGAAGCCCCAUUACCUCCACCAGCCGAUGGUCACAGGAUAGCCUUCUACGCCAUUCGCGACAUCGACUCGAUCGGCGCCUUGUCUCACUUCGGCACUGUCGUGUCCGUACAUCAGCGACCGGCGUCACCAAGUGCUGGCAUUCUCACCCCUUUCCCUCGCUUCGCCCUCGCCGAGGUCCGCCUCAACGCGCUCACGAUGGACACGGACGGUGCCGUCAUGAUGGGCUCGUUCAACGCAGAGCCCGUAAGCUUGCCGUAACAACAUAGUAGACACUAGAACCCAGCGCUCUCGUAGCGCACACCACAGCACCACAGGCAUAGAUCUCGCAUGAAGCGACAUCCAGUACGGGGUAUAUCACCUUAUUGAUGAGUGCGUACAUGUCACACGGCGGGAAGCCGUUGGGAAUCGGCGAUGCUAGGUAACGGGCUGAGGAGGCUACAGAAUGUACGGACGCAACAGAAUGCGGAAAGUCGAUGAUGAUACGCGGGCGAUGACGAACUCGGACGAAAAUGAAGUUGAUGAGGCAUGCGUAGGAUUGGAGGCAGUGAGAUGGAGCGAACAACACACCUGUGGGGCAUGUGGGAUUCUGAAGAUGGCGAGUUGGUGCCCCAACCAAAGCCAGGAGAGGCGACUGUGGUUUCAAGCCCGGCCCCCGUUGGGGCGCACCCGAGCGACCUUUGAU